AUGUACAUUAAUUACAGAUUUAUACACAGAGUUUGCAGACUUGCUUUUUGGAGAUAUUGUGUAACUUCCAUGUUAAAAACAGUAUGUAAAUAGAACAAGGUAACAUUCACCUGCUAAACAAAGAUGAGAUGGUUCACAGUGAAAUGAUGAAUGGUACAAAUAAUUUCUAUAAAUGUUCAAACGAACAGUGACCCUAUCAUUUUUUGCUCUGAGACAAAGAACCUCCUGAGGCAACAGAUAUGUUCCGUUGUCCUUAGUAGGAUGUCAAGAAGCGUUCCUUGAUUAAAGUCAAGCUUUAAAAAAUAUUAGGUUAAAAUUGAGAAAUAAUAAAAAAUGAGAAUAAUUAAUAAAAAGAUGUUUAGCCUGGAUUACUGGCAAAGAAUCUUUAUAUUUUGGACAAUAAAAGAAAAACAUUCCUGGGUGCAUAUUCCAGCUAAAAUAAAUCACUUUUAAUUAAAAGAAGAAGAAGACAGAGAAGGAGAAAGGGGAGACAAACCUGGUGUACAUUCAUUAAAUAGCAUUUCACUUGUAUAUACUUUAUUGGUGUCAGUUAUGUGUUUUCAUCCUAACUUUUAGAUUUACUCCAAUUUGUGCUGAGUAAUGCGCCGUUUAUUAUCUUGUACAGUAAUUAUGCCAAGGGAAGAGGUUCCAUUUGGGUGUAUUUAAAAAAAGGCAUGUACAUUUCAAGGGAAAUUGAAGAUUAUGGAAACCCCCAUUUCCGUGCUUCUAUAAAUAUGUCAAUAAGGGUAGAGUAAAUCAGUAGUGCUCACUUUGAGGUCAAUACUUCUGAAACCUUUCCCAGCUGUGAGGCCAUGCAUAUCCUGAUUGUUUUCGCCUGCUACAUGGCCUCCGCCGCCCGCAGCGCACCUCUGCCGGAGAACAGCAGCGCACUUGUUGAGGAUUCGCAGUUUCAGGAGAUUCUGCAGAAGAGCCGCAGCUUGACGCAAAAGAUCCUGGACUCCAUACCCGACACGCACAAAUCCUGCGUCCAUACAGAGACUCUACAGUUGAAUUCUUCGGAAAAUGCCAAGCUUGCAACCAUGGCGUCCACCAUUGGCAUCCCCCGGGCUCCUGUACUCAGAGCAGUUUCAGAAAAUUUCACCCUGGAAGCCGGUUUAAGAGCUAUGCAUGAUGGCCUCCAGCUGCACCAAGAGUUACUGACGUCCAUCUCCCCUCGACUAGGAAUGAAAAAAAAUGUGGCUGUGCUAAUAUCUGACGUCAGAGAUCUUAAAAUCCAGAUUGUUAAGAUGCAAAAAAUGACCCAAAUGCAAGCCACGGUCCCACCCAUGUCAACCUCUGUGGAACUGCGCCUCCCUGGGGAUUAUUAUGUCCAGGUGGCAGCUCACCUCACCCUGGAUCAACUUCGAGCGUUCAGCCAAGACGUGGCACGUUGCCUCAGGAGUCUGGACUUGAGCGAUGACGAUGGGAAAGAGAGCUGACCAAUGGGUUUCGUUCUCUUCUUUUGGCUCAAGUCAAAAACCUAUGUUGCCAUUUUAUUUGUUAUGGCAUUUAUUGAACUGUUAACAGAUUAUUUAUUUGUUAAAUCUAUUUUUAUUUAUGUAUUUAUUUUAGAGACGGAAUGUAUUUAUUUAAGAAAUAUAUUUUUGAAAAACCUUAGCACUCGACAGAUGUAUGCCCAGCUAUUAACACUCAUAGAGAUGUUGCCACAUAUUACAGCCGUUAUAAAUAGUGUAAUGCUAAAAAGAAACAUGUUAUUUUUGUAUUACUAUUUAAAACCUAAUGUUUUAUUUUCUGAUGUCUCAAUAAAAAAUAAAAAAAGUUUUCCCCUGAAAACAUAAUUGUUCUUUUUUGACAAUGACUGUGCAGUGACUCAAUAGGCAACUGCCUCACUGACGAAUUCGUUUCCAAAAAUUCCAGUGAAGGAAACAAAAGUGCAACUAAAAGUGAAACUGCAUGUUUUCCUUGCCUCUGCUAGACAGAUUUCCUGGAGUAUGUUUCGCAAGUGGCUGAUGAUAACUGUGUCACUAGGCGGAUGAUUACCUCGUAAUGUUGGGUCAUGUGAAAGACCUCAGCAUGU